GAAACCAAAACUAAUUGAUCCUCACUUUGAUGACAACAACGCAUUCAACAACACUUUGUCACACACGUCUCAACAGAAGGCAGAAACAUGUCUGUAUCAAAGUACCUGGAUCAGGACUACGAGGUCCUCCGGAGUCAAUGUCUGAGGGAAAAGAAGCUAUUCUGCGAUCCUCACUUCCCAGCUGCGCCUGAGUCUCUGGGCUGUAAUGAAUUAGGACCCAAUGCAGACAAGACCAAAGGGGUGGAAUGGAAAAGGCCUGGGGAUUUAUGUCAAAAACCUCAGUUCAUUAUCGCAGGAGCCACACGUGCCGAUGUCUGUCAAGGAAAACUGGGUGACUGUUGGUUGAUGGCGGCUAUUGCUGCUCUCACUCUGGACCAACACAUUCUCGCUCGUGUGAUUUAUCCUGAACAGAACUUUGAGGAUAAGUAUGCUGGCAUCUUUCACUUUCAGCUCUGGCAGUACGGCCAGUGGGUAGACGUCGUUGUUGACGACAGGCUUCCCACCAUUAAAAGAAGGCUGCUUUUUGUGAAGUCUAAAGACCAAACUGAAUUCUGGAGUGCGCUCCUGGAGAAGGCUUAUGCUAAGGUGAACGGUUGCUAUGAGAAUCUCAUUGGAGGUUUUGCCAGUGAAGCCAAUGAGGAUUUCACAGGAGGAAUUGCAGAGUACUUCCCUCUAAACAAAGCCCCGCAGAACCUGUUUAACAUCAUGGAGAAAGCUCUGAAUCGGGGUUCUCUGCUCAGCACCUCCAUUUCUGCCAGCAAAGACCAAAAAGAACACGAGACCGCAGAGCAGCUGGUGAAAACACAUGCCUACUCCAUCACUGCUGCACAGAAGGUGAAAGUGAGGGAGAGUGAUAAAGUCGUGGAAUUGGUCCGUCUCAGAAAUCCCUGGGGCUACCUGGAGUGGAACGGUGCCUGGAGUGAUGGCUCCAAAAAGUGGGAUCAAGUCUCACAAGAGGAUAAGACCAAGCUAAAUUACAAAGCUGAUGAUGGAGAGUUCUGGAUGACAUAUGAAGAUUACAUUCAGCGUUAUUCAAAGCUAGAGAUUUGCAACUUGACUCCAGACACUCCAAGUGAUGAUUUGAGAUGUUGGAACGCUUGCCAAUUCGAGGGCACCUGGAAAAUAGGCACUACGGCUGGUGGCUGCCUGAAACUCGCAGCUACAUUCUGCACAAACCCACAGUAUCGGGUGAAACUGGACAUCGACAGUCAGGGUGAUAACAAAUGUUCAGCACUUGUGGCACUGAUGCAGAAAGGUGCGCGCCAAGGCAAACAAAAAGGAGUCGAAAACUACAAAAUUGGCUUCUACAUCUACAAGGUUCCAGAUAAGUAUAAAGGAAAGCAGGACGUCUGCCUUGGACCUGAAGAUCUGCGUAGACCGGUGGCUCAAAGCGAAUUUGUGUGCAGGCGGGAGGUGUGUCAACGCUUCGACCUUCCGCUUGCUGAAUAUGUGAUCAUUCCUGCCGCUUAUGAGUCGAACAAAGAAGCCAACUUCGUGUUGCGUGUGUUUUCUGAGAAGUAGGCUGCAUGAUUUUGAGUUGAAGUCACAAGACUGCCAAUACUGUUGUAUGUUUAAGCAGUCAUAUAAAAAUAAAAAAAAGGAUAAUGCCUCAAUUGAAAGUUG